AGGUCAAAGUGCAAAUGAAGUUUUUUUUAAUGCAAUAAAUGUAAUCUAACUAAGGAUUUCAUAUAUAAAUAGCAUGAACGACUAAUUUUAGAUAUAUUAUUUUCUAUUCUGACAUUUCAACUUCUUUUUUUAACGUCGUUGGCCUAUCUGAUCGUGAAAUGUUUUUAAGCUGAUACGGCCAAUGAUUUGACCUCAUUUGACUGAUGACAUACGAAUUGAAAAUUUCAAUCGGUUAUUCUGACGAAAUGUUAGGAUUAUAAAAGACAAACAUUCAUACACCUAUAACCAUUGGAUGGUAAAUAAUAAUAAAUGCGAUGGAUUUACAAACAAUAUACGCCUUUUUGGCCAGUUUAACCAAUAUUCCGUUAACUUCGAUAAUUUUGGUAAUCACUGUUAGUGUACUGCUACACCACAUUUUCUUCUCAAUACGUUAUGACCCGCCGUUACCACCUACCCCGAAAUUUAAGCUUCCGCUCAUUGGACAUUUACAUCUGUUGGAGCAUGACAUGAGGAAACCUUUCAAGAAAUACAGGAAACAACUUGGAGAUGUGUUUUCAUUAUAUUUUGGCGGUAAACUAACAAUCGUUAUAUCAGGUUAUGAGACAUUGAAAGAAGCAUUUCAUAAAAAUGGAGAAUUGUUCGCUGACAGACCAAGUCUCUAUAUCACAGACAUUGCUACGAGAAAUCGAGGUAUUGUACUUGCUAAUGGUGAAAAAUGGAAAGAACACCGACGGUUUGCGUUGAGUACAUUAAAAGAUUUUGGAAUGGGAAAAAGCAAACUUGAAGGGAAAAUUCACGAAGAAGUUCAGUCGUUUAUAUCUGAAAUAGAAGAAUUCCAUGGGGCAUCUUUUGAUCCGAAGGAUUUUAUAAGCACCCAUGUAGCAAACAUAAUAUGUUUCCUCUUGUUUAAGGGGAAGUUUAGGCACGAUGAUCAAAGAUUCUUAGGAAUGAUUAACCUCAUCGACGAAAAUAUGAUAUCAUCAGCUGGGCUUGCAAAUCUCAUGCCAUGGUUAGCGGAAUUUCCAGGUGAUCCGCUGCAAUGCAAGAAAAUGAUUCGCAAUGCGGACAAAAUAUUUGAGUUUAUUGGAGAUAUCAUUGACGAGCAUGUACGUGAAUAUGAUGAAAACGAUAUUGAAGAUUUCACAAGCGCUUAUAUUAAAGAAAUGAAGAGGAAACAAUUGAACGAGGAGUCAACAACUAUGAGCUAUGAGGAGUUAUCAGGUAAUAUUGGAGAUCUGUUUGUGGCAGGCGCACAUACAACAACAGCAUCAAUGAGAUGGGCAUUAAUUUGUCUCGUGCAAUUCCCUGAUAUACAAGAGAAGUUGUACAAGAGUAUAACCGAGAGCAUAGGGGACCAUAGAUUACCUUCAACUGCGGAUAAAACAGCUCUUGCCUACCUUGAAGCUUUUUAUUUGGAAGUACUAAGAUACUGCACUGUAGUGGUAACAGGUGGAGUGCAUGCAACUACAAAAGAUUUGACCUUCAAGGGAUAUACAAUCCCUCAACAUGCGCUUAUAAUGCCUGACAUACAUUCUGCAUUACAUGACCCUGAUGUUUGGAAUGAUCCAGAAAUCUUUAGACCUGACCGAUUUUUAGAUGAUGCUGGUACUAUAAGAAAGCGAGAUGAAAUGAUAGCGUUCUUUCUGGGGAAACGAAGUUGUAUAGGAGAAUCUUUGGCAAGAGCUGAGUUACUUAUCUUCAUAGGUGCUCUUGUUCAAAAGUUUCGUUUAGAAUGUCCCGAGAAUGAGACAGUGUCAGUUGAAGAUCUUGACGGAGAAUUUGGAUUGGUACAUACACCAAAACGGUAUAGAGUUGUGGCAAUUGCCCGUGCUUAAUUAAGCAUCAUAUAUGAAUGACUACACCAUAAAAUAUGCGGUACAUAGACAUAUAUUUGUAUGUAUACAUGUAUAUUAAAUUGAUCAUAAAUAGAAGAAUAUAUCAUUAAAUGUAUCAGGUACAAUCCCUUUCUGCAUUACUGUGUUACUCAUUAUAAUUGUUUAUAGUUUGUUUGAAAUAUAUUUGAAAAUACAUUUAUUGCAUAACAUGUAUCAAAAAUGAGUGAAUGUACAAAUGCAUCAUGAUAUUUGUCAUUAACAGAUUAAUUUCUCAUAAAGUGUUAACAUUCUCGUAUAAAGAGGAAUAUUAUUUAUUAUUAGCUAAUACAUGAAAUAUAUUAUAAUUAAUUAAAUUUAAUCAUAUUAUAAUGAAUGUAUCAUAAGUUUUAUAAUAAUUCAAAUAGUAUAUCAGAAGAAGUAAAUUACCACUAUUCCUAAUACAUUCUCUAAUUAACUUCACAACU